AAAUAAAAUAAAAAAUAUCCUAAUUUUUAUGUUUAUUUUUAGAAGGACGAGAAAAAAUAAGAAAAGAAAGCCUCUCUCUCUCUCUUCUCAAUCCGAACUCUGAAAAUGGCUUCGACGAUUCCCCUAUCAAACCCACCAGUCACUGAGUGGAGAAGAAAUGGCUCCAUUUCAAUGUCACUGUGUAAUGUAAAUUCAACUGCAAAUGUAGUUGGUAAGCAGAUUUCUUGGUCUGGAUAUCGAAGUUUUAAGCAAAACCGUAGGUCUCUUUGUGUUUAUGGUCUAUUUGGAGGAAAGAAGGACAAUAAUGAUAAGGGUGAAGAAGCCCCUGCAAAGGCAGGAAUUUUUGGAAACAUGCAGAAUCUUUAUGAGACUGUGAAGAAGGCACAAAUGGUUGUCCAAGUUGAAGCAGUACGAGUGCAGAAAGAACUUGCUGCAGCAGAGUUUGAUGGUUACUGUGAAGGCGAACUAAUAAAGGUAACACUAUCUGGGAACCAGCAACCUGUGCGCACAGAGAUCACUGAAGCUGCAAUGGAGUUAGGACCAGAAAAACUUUCUCUUCUAGUCACCGAGGCAUACAAAGAUGCACACCAGAAAAGUGUCUUGGCUAUGAAGGAGAGAAUGAGUGAUCUUGCGCAGAGUUUAGGAAUGCCUCAAGGCCUCAAUGUAAAUGAUGCGCUGAAGUAAUUAUUUCCCCUCUUUUACUUGUCUAAUAUUAAAUGUCAAUUUUGUACUCAAACCAGACAUAAGUGCUAACUCUGUAAGGGCGAUAAGUUAAGCAUUGUUUAAUUUACUCUUUGAACAGGAGAGGUUUUUGAACUUAUAUAUCUCUGGUCUCAAUACUAAUAAAUGAAUGUUGCAUAUUUGUUUCA